AUGACAGAGCCGAUCAGUCAGGGUUUGAAGAGGAAGAGGAAGAAUGAAAAAGAGGGAGAACAUCGCAUUUCGGUGGUAGCUCGACACCGAGGUUCGCUAGCUACCAGGAGCGAAGCGGCCUUGCUUCCUUUAGAUGAACCGACCCCAACCGCACCAGACCUGAGUCCAUUUCAGGUGCUCUGGCGCAAUCUCGUCACAGUCGAAUCACCGCCAACACAGCUCGAUCUGUACAUGGCGGUUAUCUCCCUCGAAGAUCAGUACCAACGAUGGGGUUGGAAUGAGAUUGCCGCGAAGGUUGUACGCAACAAGUUUUCAUCAUCAGAAGUUUCUGCGCUGCGUGCUACACUACAUCAACUGUCACCCAGAGUCUGCUACGUGAUGCUUGGCAUUGACAUGAGCCGUGAUGGUAUAGCCAUUGAGCAUGCCCUCAGUUACAACAUUGGCCGCUUCAAAUUUGAGCGCGAUGUCUCCGAGCUAGAUGAUGGACCCGUCAAGACAGCCUACCAUCAUUUCUCUCUUUAUUUCGGCCAGCUCGCAACCCCGGAAGUGGCUCUUGACACUUCAUAUCUCAGAUCCUUUUCGCCUCAGAACCCCCAAGUCGUGAAGAACUCGGAAGAAGAGCAACUCGUACGCACCCCAGAGAUUCCGGCCUGCCACUCCCUUGAGAAUACACCACAUUCUCUCCAGCCAGGGAUUGCUCUUUGCAAGUAUAUUGAUGCGAUUGAUGCGCAUGAGUGCUACUACCGGAAGCACCAGGCCGCGGGUGUAUUUCAUGAGCGGGUGACAGCUCUCCUUCAGCAACUAGACCGUGAUCGUCCAGGAUAG